GUAUUGUUUAAGAUUUACUCGAUGAACGUUCUCUGUUAUCGUUCAAAAGAAGCUCAGAAAUGAAAGUUAUAAGCUUACUCGUGUUUGCAUUUCUAUUUGUCAAGAUAUCAGAAUCAUCAAGGAUUUUAUUUGUAUUUCCAAGUCCAAGCAAAUCGCAUCUUAUUGUAGUGAAAGGAUUAUCAACAACAUUAGCUGAACGUGGACAUGAUGUAACAGUCGUUAGUCCAUUUCCAUUAGAUAAGCCGAUGAAAAAUUAUCGCGAUAUCAACGUUGAAAUUCCACAAGAUGAAAUGGAAAAAUUCAACACUUAUGUGAUUAAUAAUCCAAAGCCAAAUAUGUUUAAGUUGAUGCCUGCAUUAUUUUCAAUUUUAUUUAAAAUGAGUGAUAAUAUGUUUGAGUCGGAGGAAUUUAAGAAAGUGUUAGAUGAAGAAAAAUUCGACCUUGUCAUUAUUGGAAUGUUUUUCAACAAUUAUUUGCUUGGGAUUGGUGACCAUUUUAAAUGUCCAACAAUGAUUUUAAGUGUGACUGGAACAAUGACAAUGUUAAAUGUUCUUGUGGGUAAUCCUUUGGCAGUGACAUCUGUUCAACAUUCUUUCUUUGAGUCGGGUAACAUGGGAACCUUCUCAAGUCGUGUCGCUAACUUUUUAUUACAUGGUAGUGACUAUGGAUUUAUAGCUCUUUGCGAUUACCUAUUCAAGGAUCGUUACAAUCAAUACUUCCCUUCAGAUCGUUACAUUUCAUACGAAGAAGCUAAGAAGAACAUUUCAAUGAUUCUUGUAAAUACUCACUUUAGUCAAACUUAUAUUCGACCUUUUGUACCAGCGAUGGUAGAAGUCGGUGGAUUACAAAUAAAACCAACACCAGAUAAACUUCCAGAGAAACUUGAGAAAUGGCUUGAUGAAGCUUCACAACAUGGAGUAAUCUUCUUCAGUUUAGGGUCUAAUGCAAAAACCUCUUUUCUACCCACAUAUAAAAUUGAAAUUCUUUUAAAAGUUUUUUCGCAACUCAAACAACGUGUAAUAAUGAAAUGGGAAUCCGAUGAACUGGAGGGAAAACCAAACAAUGUUUUAAUCAGUAAAUGGCUUCCCCAAGAUGAUAUUUUGGCUCACCCCAACGUAAGAAUGUUUAUCUCUCAUUGCGGUCUUGGAAGCGUUGUCGAAGCAAGAUAUCAUGGGGUUCCUGUGGUUUCUAUGCCACUUGGAAUAGAUCAAAUAAAAAAUGCUGAAAACAUCGUUAACGAAGGAUGGAGUGUUAAAGUUGACUUCAAGAAUCUAAACGAAAAAGAUUUAUUUGAUGCUAUUAAAGAGAUUCUAAAUGACCCGAGAUAUAAUUCAAAAGCAAAAACACUUUCAGUGCUUUAUAGAGAUCGUCCUACUUCUGCUAGGGAAAUUGCUUCCUACUGGGUUGAAUAUGUUAUCAGACAUCGUGGAGCUCCCCACAUUAGAUAUCCCGGAACGGAUCUUAACUUUUGGCAAUAUAACUCAAUUGACGUGAUUUUGUUUUUGUUGAUAAUCGCCUACGUACUUUUUAAAAUUUUUAUUGUUGUGAUGAAAAUGUUGAUGUCAAAAAUUUUCAAACAAAAGAAAAAAUCAAAAACAAAUUGAAUUUUGGUACAAAGCAAUUAUUUAUGAUUUGAAAUAAAGAAAAUAAGAAAUGUGAAGCCUUACUUAUGAGGCAUC